AUGGUUUCCUUCACCCUUCGGGCCAUUGGCGCCUGUCUCAUCGGCCUGCCAGCCUUGAUCACUGCUGCUCCCACCUCUCAUGUCUCUAAUGAUUUCCAUGUGGUCGAACAGCUCAAUGGAGUUCCUCAGGGAUGGGUUCAGGAAGGCUCCCCAGCUCCAUCGACGCAGAUGAAAUUCAAGCUUGCACUCGUGCAGGGUAAGACCGCUGAAUUCGAGCAGCGGGUUAUGGAUAUCUCUAACCCCAAACAUGCUGAUUAUGGCAAAUUCAUGAGCCGCGAGGAGCUUGAUGCCUUCCUACAGCCUUCUUCCCAAGUGAAGGAUUCCGUCUUUAACUGGCUCGCUUCCGAGGGUAUCUCUAAGCGUUCUGUCAAGGCCAACACGGACUGGCUCACCUUCACCACCAGCAUCGCUACAGCCGAGAAGCUGUUCAAUACCCGCUUCUACACAUUCAAGAACACCGCCGACGGCAGCCAGAUUAUCCGUACUCUAAAGUAUUCAGUUGCUGCAUCCGCUGCUCCAUAUGUUCAAAUGGUCCAGCCAACCACCAAAUUCAGUGCCCCUCGCCCUGAGUUGAGCAGCGUCUUCACUUCUGACCUUGAAAUAACCUCUUCUGCGAAUGUUGACUGCAAUGUCACUAUCACCCCCGACUGCAUUCGAGAACUUUACAAGAUGGGCAACACUUUUGCUAAGAAGGACCCCCGCAACAGACUUGGAAUCUCCGGAUACCUUGAGCAAUAUGCUCGACUUGACGAUUUCAGCACCUUCAUUGACAUGUUCGUUCCCUCUUUGAAGGGAACUACGUUCGACUUCAAGUCCAUUGAAGGUGCAAAGAAUGAACAAAACUCUAGCCUCGACAGUGUUGAAGCCAGUCUCGAUGUUGACUAUGCCAUUGGCUUGUCCGGAGCUCUCUCCACCUACUACGGUACCGCAGGACGAGGAAAGCUCAUUCCAGAUCUCGACCAGCCCAACAUCACUGAGAACAACAAUGAGCCUUACAUUGAGCAACUGUUCUAUCUUCUUGACCUCCCUGAUUCUGAACUCCCAGCCGUUUUGUCCACUUCUUAUGGCGAGAAUGAGCAAAGUGUUCCCCCGACUUACUCCUCCGUUGUCUGCAGCCUGUUUGGCCGUCUCGGUGCCCGAGGUGUUUCCGUCAUCUUCAGCAGUGGUGAUACCGGCGUUGGCAGUGCAUGCCAGAGCAACGAUGGAAAGAACACCACUAAGUUCAACCCAAUCUUCCCAGCUGCCUGCCCCUUCGUCACUUCUGUUGGAGGCACCCGCCAGAUUAACCCCGAAGUUGCCAUCCACUUCUCAUCCGGUGGUUUCUCUGAGCGUUUUGCUCGCCCAUGGUACCAAGAGCUCGAUGUUAGGCAUUACCUUGGACAUGAACUUGAAAAAGGAAAGUGGGACGGCAUGUACAACCCUUAUGGACGUGGUUUCCCUGAUGUCGCUGCCCAGUCCUAUAAGUUCGCCACCCGUGACCAUGGAAAGACUAUUGGUGUCUCAGGAACUAGUGCUUCUGCCCCCCUCUUCGCUGGUGUAGUCUCGAUUCUCAACUCCAUCCGUCUCGCUCACAAUAAACCAAGAAUGGGAUUCUUGAACCCAUGGCUCUACACCAUCGGUCGAAGCGGGUUUACCGACAUCGUUCACGGUGGCUCCGAUGGCUGUACCGGAACUGAUAUGUACAGCCACCUCCCUACCCCAUAUGUCCCCGGUGCCAGCUGGAAUGCCACCAAGGGAUGGGACCCAGUUACCGGACUGGGAACUCCAAACUUCGAGAAACUCUCCAAAUUGGUUCUCAUUUAA